AUGGCUCGUGCAUAUUCUACGACCAACCAAAACUUGCAAAACUCAAUUUCAGAAUGGGCAUACUUGGAGAAAUCCAACGAUGAUUUGAAGGUGGAGGGAUGGGGCACAACAAACAUCGUUUAUAUUGGUAAUGAAAGUUGUGAAUCAAUAUUAUUGGUUGGUGUUGAUUUGAGAGCUACAUCUGGUGGGGAGGAAGGAUCUAUAACGGAUGACAAGACACAAAAAUAUUUUUUUAUGGAGAGUUGCAAUGCAUUUGCAACUAAGGCGGGAAAUUCCGAUCAUUGUAAGAGUAUGUUGAAUUAUGUAAGGAACCACUUUCUCGACCGGAAAAUAGUUAAUGGCAUAUGUGAGGCACCAACUAUUGUCAAACAUUAUAUUAGCAACUGGGAAACAAUCUCAAAUUUGGAAUUAUUUCAAGGAUUUACUACUUUGGCUGGAUAUAAAGAUGGUAUUCCUUAUGCAUAUAAAGUUAGGGCUUCUGGAAAAUCGUCGAAAAAAUCCAAAUCCAAUAUUUGCCAUGGACAUGUGAUGGGAAGCGGUGGUGCAUAUGUUCGUGAAUACUUCAAGAAUUGCAAUAUGGAAGAAGCCCAGAGUUCAAAUUUGAUCUAA